CGCCGGGUGGCCAACAAGAGGGCACCGGCCGUCUUCUCGCCUCUCUCUUCCCAUCUCGUUCCACAUCCUCGCGCAGCCUCGCCUGUCCAUCUGCCGACAGCGCACCCAUCUCUCGCUCGCUGCCUUCUUGCCCCUCAUCGCAAGCGUCACCCCUACCUCUCUCCGCGCUCGCGCCACCUCUUCUUCAUCUCUCCACACAGGCCAGCCUUCGUCGCGCCUGCCCCAUCCCUUCCUACUCCCCCACACCCCGCGCCGCUACCAUGGCCACCUCGCUGCACUUCGGUCCCGAGUGGAUGCGCAAGGCGCCGGCAAAGCAGCAGUCCGCCUCGUCGGGCACCGCCACGCCGGGCGCUGCGCCUGCCGCGGCACGCUCCGAGUCGCCCUCGGGCCGUGCGCCGGCGCCGACGGCACUGCCCGGCGUGCCCGGAGGCUCGGCGGCAGCACGCCGCAAUCCCAGCCUGGGCAAUCUCUCCGCGAUGGGCAGUCUUGGCUCGGUGCAGAGCCCCGGCGCCGUGACCUCGCCGGGCGCCUUCUCGUUUGCAGCGGCGGCGGCGGGCGGGGCAGCUGCAGCGGGUGCCUCGUCGGCGGCCAGCACGCCGGGCGUCGGCGCCAGUGCCACGUCGCCGGCCGCAGCGCCAGACGAUGGUGCUGGCAAAGACGCAGCGUCGGCCCUGUCGCGCGAGCGCCUGCUGAGCUUGUACAGCUCAGACGCGCGCACCGCUCUGGCCGCCGGCGCCGGGGCGCCGAAAAGCCCUCUGCUGGGUGCAGAAGCAGGCGCCAUGCCGUCGUCUGUCGCAGCGCCCGUGUCGAAGAAGAAGUCCUUUGCUGGCGCUCUGGAUCGAGACUCGGCGCGUCGCCCGACGGACGCCCUCGUCUCUCCCGGCAUCAGCGACCAGCCUCGCGGCCUGAAUGCGCGCGCCUUCUCGGGCGACAAGACGGCCGGCGACCGUCCGGGCCUCUUCCAGCGCGGCAGCGCCACGGGCGCCGGCAUUACGGGCGGCGCCGCCAACCCUCUUUCGCCGACGAUCCCACGCGAGCGCUUCGCGGGCAUUCAGGGUGGCGUGCUGUCGGGCGUGGCGCCGCCUGCGCGCAAGCGACAGGACAGCGCGAAUGGCACCGCUGAUGCCCUGCGUCAGCCGCGCCAGAAUCGCGCGUCCGACGACGACGCACGCACGCGCCAGCCUGCCUCGAUCGAAGGACACGAGGUCAGCUCGGGCAGCGGCGUGGCCGCACGUCCAGAGGCGACGGGUGUCAGCCUCUCUGGCCGCUUCAAGCGCGACCGCGCUCCGGGAGAGGGCCCAAUCGGCCCUCCGACGGACGGCAGUGCGGGCUUUGGCAACUUUGGCACGAACCGCAAGCGCGAACGCCAGAUUGUCUCUUCUAGCGGCGCACGUGUCGAUGGCGACGCGGCUGCUGCUGGCCACGACGAUGCUCAGGCUUCGGCUGGCGGCAGCAGCGGCGACUCGCUGCUGCAGCACACGGCGUCUGUGCUGAAUGCGCUCAGCCUCGACGACGACCCGCCGGUGGGCAGCGGCAGCUUUGCCGACGACAGCCGCGACGUCGAGGCUCCCACGUCGGAUCCGGCCGCGCCGCCGCCGUGGUCUGCCGACACGGCGCAGUGGUACUACCGCGAUCCGUCAGGGCAGGACCAGGGCCCGUUCGCCGCCACCAUCAUGCAGGACUGGUUUCAGCAGAACUACUUUGCGCUGGACCUGCCGAUGCGCCGCGCCGAGGAGGAGUCGUUCCGUCCGCUGGGCGAGAUCAUCGCCUCGCUCGGCCACCCGGCGCAGCCCUUCCUUGUUCCGCCGCCGGCACCUGCGCCUGCGCCCGAGCCGCAGCAAGCGCAGCAGCAGCCGGAGCACGACGUCUUUUCGCACGGCAACCAGCCGUCGCAGCAACAGCACCAGGCGAAUGGCCUUGGCGAGCACCACGCCGGUCAUCCGUACGAUGCGCUGGGCCAGCCGGCUGGCAGUGAUCUCUCGCGCGGUGGAUGGGGCGGCGCGGGUCUGCCAGCCAGCGUACAGGCGCGCGGCUGGCCGUCGCUCGACCUCGGCUUCGGCGCGCAGCCGGGACAGCAAAUGUCCGGCUUCGGCGGCCCGCACUCGCCCUUUGUGCAGGCGCCGCAGUCGCCAUUCGGCGCCGCGCCUCUGUUCGGCGCAGGCGGCCUGCGUGGGCAGGACGACUACCUCGCCAUGGUACGUCAGCGCGAGCUGCAGGAGCAGCGCCAGGCGGCCGCCGCUGCCGCCGCGCGCGGACACGCCGGCCCGGGCCUUGGCUUCGCCACGCCUUACGGUGGGGACUUUGGCGGCCAUGCGGCAGGCAACGGCUGGGAGGCCAGCGCGCCUGGCGGCUGGAAUGCCGCAACUGCGCAUCUGCACCACCAGCAGCCCGACGUCUUCGGCACGCCGCAGCACCAGCACCAGCAACAACACCAGCAGCAGGGUCAGGCCGCAUCGGGCUCGCCGUGGGGCACGCCCGCGCGCCAGUUCGGCACCGCGCCGCAGCAGCCGCAGUAUCACUUCCAGCAGCCGCAGCAGGUGCCGUGGUCAGACUCUUCGGCGCACCAGCAGGCCGAGGCUCAGCUGCACAAGUCGGAUCCGGAGCCCAUCGGCACGCCGCGCCGCUCGCGCACCCCCGUCGAGGAGGCCAGUAGCCAGCAGCAGGACUUCGCCGAACAGCAACAGCAGCAGCAAGAAGAGGCAUUCGCGCAGCAACAGCGCGACGCUCAGCAACAGGAGGAGGAGGAGGCUCAGCGUCGGGAGGAGCAGGAGCGCCAGGAACGCGAGACUGCCGUGAUGCUGCAGCAGCAGGAGGCUGCGCACGCCGAGCCUGAGCCGGAGGAGGUCUGGCCGCAGAGCCCGACUGCCGUCGAGUUCGCUGCCGAGCCGCCACUGCCGGCGCACCACGAGCAGCAGAACAACUUGAUGGACGACGGACCGGCGACGAGCUCGCGCAAGCGCUCGCGCCGCAAGGGCCAGCAGACGCGCGCAGAGGAGGCCGCUGGCGCUCCCAUGCCCACGGCUGACCUCAGCUCGUACGCCGGCGCGGACGUCGGCAAGCGGCAGGCGCCGCCGAGCGCCGCGGGAGGCAACGUCAAGGUCGUGUCGCAGGAGCAGUUCAAGCGUCCCGGAGGUGCAGAGGAGGACAGCAAGAACCAGGCGCCUCUGUCUGCUUGGCUGCCCGACAGCGGCAGCAACACGCCGACGACGUCCAAGGCGCCCUGGGCCGCCGCGACGGAGUCGAGCGCGUCUGCGCCCGGCCUCACGCUGCGCGAGAUCCAGGAGGCCGAGGCGCGCCAGGCCGAGAGCCGCCGCGCUGCCGAGCGCGCCCUGGCUGCUCAGCGCGCGCGCUCGAUGGCCUCGGGCGACGACACGCUGCCGGCGACGAUGACGUGGGGCCUGGCCACGGGCCAUGCCUCGCAGGGCUCGAGUGCACCAGAGCCCGCGGCCGACGCCGCCGCCUCGGCCUCGCCGGCACCGUGGAGUGCGGCGCGUCCGACGGCCAAGAAGACGCUCACCGAGAUCCAAGAGGAGGAGCGCAAGCGCGCGCAGAAGGCGCGCGACGCGCAGGCCGCGCAGCAGGCAGCCCUGCGGCGCGGCUACGCCGACUCGGCAGGCAAGACGCAGGUGCCGCCGCCCGCCGCCGCCGCCAGCGGCGCAUGGAGCGUCGUCGGGAGCAAGCCCGCCAGCGCUGUGCCUGCCAGUGCUCGUCCGCCAGCUACGCCCGUGGGCCAGCGCGCCGGCAGCCUGGGCGCCACGCCGCCGGUCGGCGUGUGGGCCACCGCCGGCGCCAAGCAGAACGGCACGCCGGCGGCCAAGGUGCAGUCGCCCGUGAUCAAGACGAAGAUGGUCGUGGCGCCGUCGGCCUCCAGCGAGCAGCUCGGCUCGGGCCAGCCCAGCGCCGACUUCCUGCGGUACUGCAAGGAGCAGCUCAAGGGUCUCAAUGUCAAGGCCGACGACUUCAUCGAGAUGCUCCUCUCCUUCCCGCUGGACCCGUCGCCCGACGUCGUCGAGAUCAUCGCCGAGUCGGUGUACGCCAACAGCAGCACGCUCGACGGGCGCCGCUUCGCCGCCGACUUUGUCGCCAAGCGCAAGCUCGACCAGAGCGGCCGCGGCGCCGGCAGCAGCGCCGCGGCGCGCUCGGCCAUCGGCGCCGGCCUGCCCAACGGCGCCGCGCUCGGCGCAGGCCGCAGCGCCAGCGACGUGCUCAAGUCGUCGACCAAGCCGGCCGCCGGCGCGGCCGACUUUGGCGGCUUCAAGGUCGUCAAGGCCAAGGGCGGCAAGAAGACGACGCGCGGCUGAGCCACGCCGCCAGCAGGCAACCUCUAAUCGAAUCUCCUUCUCGGC